UAUUUUCUUAAUGCAUGGUCUUCUAUCAGAUGGAACCAUAAUUGCUGGAAAGCAGCUUUCCUCGAAAUCAAAACAAGGAAACCGUGAGUUUGUGAAUGAGAUUGGCAUGAUUUCUGCUCUGCAACACCCUCAUCUUGUAAAGCUUCACGGAUGCUGCAUUGAAGGCAAUCAAUUAUUGUUGGUGUACGAGUACAUGGAAAAUAACAGCCUUGCGCGUGCUUUGUUUGGUCCUGAAGAAUACCAGCUGAAUUUGGAUUGGGCAACAAGGCACAAGAUUUGUGUUGGUAUCGCAAGAGGUUUAGCUUAUCUUCAUGAAGAAUCAAGAUUGAAGAUCGUGCGUAGAGACAUAAAGGCCACCAAUGUGUUGCUUGAUAAGAAUCUAGACCCAAAGAUAUCUGACUUUGGGCUAGCCAAACUUGAUGAAGAGGAAAACACCCACAUAAGCACCCGAGUUGCCGGAACCUUCGGGUAUAUGGCACCUGAAUAUGCAAUGCGGGGUCAUUUGACUAACAAAGCAGAUGUCUAAAGUUUUGGAAUCAUUGCUUAGGAAAUUGUCAGUGGGAAGGGCAAUACUAGUCAUCGAACAAAGGAGGACACUGUUUAUCUUCUUGAUUGGGUAGAAAGAGUUUCUCGCCGCGUUUUGAAGGAGAAAGGGACUUUGCUGGAGCUUGUUGAUCCAAAACUAGGCCAAGACUACAACAAAGAAGAGGCGAUAACAAUGAUUAAUGUGGCUCUCCUCUGCAGUAAUGUCUCUGCAGCAGUUAGGCCUGCGAUGUCUUCAGUAGUAAGCAUGCUCGAAGGAAAGGCUGCUGUUCAAGAUAUUGACAUUCCAGAUAAAAGCAUGUCAACGGAUGAGAAGAAGAUUGAAGAAAUGAGGAGGCAUUUUCAAGUUAUCAACGAACAGGAAAUAAGUGAGACUCGUACUCUGUCAAUGGAUGGACCGUGGACUGCUGCUUCUACAUCUGCUGGUGAUCUUUAUCCAGUCUCUUUGGAUUCUGACUAUUUGAAGGGUAGAGAUUAGAGAAGUUUGCUCCAAUUUGCCUCAUCAACUGUCUAUCCAUCAUCAUCUUAUUACUUUUGUUUUUAAGCGUAUUUCUUUGCCUUGUUAUCAUCAUUUCUGUUCAUACUUGUUAACUUAUUUGAGGGCUAAUUACGUUAGUGGCAUAUUAUUACUUUUUCAAAA